GUCGCUCAAAAAUUCAAUGAAAGCGUAGAGCUGGGUGUGCAUGAGUACACUGCAUUUACAGGACAUCCAUUGUACAUGCAUUCAGUGGAGAUCCAUUAUUUCAUCAUCGUCCUGCUUGUUGGAACGGGGCCAAACAUUGAACAAUGCCAUUGUCCCAUUGAACAAUGCCAUUAUUUCAUCAUUGUCAUGCUUGUUGGAACAGAGCCAAACAUUGAACAAUGCCAUUGUCCCAUUGAACAAUGCCAUUGUUGAGUUCUGCUGUACAGUAGGUGAGCACAGACUAUGACUUAUGAGCCAUUUGGGCCUUGGGAACUAAUGGAUCAGCCAAGUCUGGGACAAUGAGAAAAAGUUCCAUUGAAGAAUUCCACUGUUGUAUCCUGCUGUACAGUUGACGACCACAGACUAGAUUCUAUAAGGACACUGGGCAGGCUAGUCACUUUGGCAAGUGUCGCAUGUUGUUGCGUCUUGCACGAUUUCUAGCCCAAAUACCCUAGAGCGUUAGGAUUAAGACAGCAGCAAUUAUUAAAAAACACUCUUGAACGUCCGUAUACUUGAUACGAAGAUGGGUGGUCCUGUUAAAAUUAUCAUCUGGGCGUCGCCACGCACAUGCUCCACAGCUCUCCUCAAGUGCAUGAGCAGUCUCCCAAAUGCCAAGAUCUUUGAUGAGUUGUACAGCAUUGCAUUUCUACUUGGGCCUGACCGACUGGAUCAGAGGCCGACCGGAGAGGAGCCUCAAGCUAGCCAGGCAGGACAGGGCAAGGGAUACGCCUUCCCGAGCUCCAUCUGUACCUACGAGUGGAUCAAGGAGACCCUCCAGCAGGAUUAUCCCGGCGGGGAGUUUGUCAUCUCCAAGGAGAUCGUUUACUGUCUCAACCAAAAGUAUGAUUGCCUCCCGGAGGGUUACCGACAUGUCUUCCUGCUGCGACAUCCAAGUAAGGUCUUCCCCUCCUGGAAGAAGCUCACCUAUGAUGUCUUAAACAUGAUGGAGUACUCAACUGAGCUUCCUGCAUCUGCGGAUGAGUUUGUCUUUGAUCAGCAACCGCCGCACCUACUGCCCCCAGGGAAGUCCUUCAAGGAGGCCUACGAUCUGUACCAAUACGUCAAGGAGAAGAAGCUGGAUGUCGAUCCAGUUAUCAUAGAUGCUGACGACCUUAUCCAGAACCCAGAAGGCAUCGUUUCAGCGAUGUGUGCCAAGCUGGGGAUCCCAUACACUGAGUCCCUCCUGACCUGGGACAAAGGUACAGACAUCGUGGACACUUGGACUGUUGGCAUCGCGUUUAAAAAUAUCAUUCAACACUCUGAGGCCUAUAAAAACUUCCGGAACAGCACUAGCUUCCGCCGCCCAGAGUUGGAGAAACAGGCUACCGCAAGGCCUGUAGAAUCAAGAGUCACCCCAGAUAUUGAGCGCUGUGUCAGCUUCAGCAUGCCGUUCUAUCAAAAAAUGUACGAGCAACGCUUACAGGUAGACAACAUUUAAGAUAUGAACUGGACUCCAUGUGUAAACUGUAGAUGGCACUUUAUGACCACUAGCAAGAGUUCCAGUGGGAGGGACACAUCGCAUGUAUGCCACUGAUUCCUGUGCAAUCUGCACGAAGAAGGCACCACUACAUGUAGUUGUAUUCUGACCGAGCACAAACCCUGCUUAAAGCUACAGUCCAUCAUUUGCAGCUAUCCAAAAAGUAA